UGUUCAUUAUUUUCGAGUCCGGUCGCAUUUUGCGAUUAUCUCUUUUUCUGUCUCUAUAAAGCAUCGAGGAUGAGUCGCCCCUUGUCAUCAAGGUGGCUACAUACUGCAUUUAAUAUUGCAGAACAUCCAAGAAGACUCGAACUACCUUUGUUCUUAUGCCCCUCCAUCAAUCUUGUGUCGCGUGGUCGGAGAUCUAGGACUAUUCCAUCCUCGCCUUUACAACGAACUUCACGAUGGACGGUUCAACGCCGUUGUUUGCACGGGCAAACCAAUACAGUGGCCGGCGAUAUACCCUUGCAAGGUAGUCACAUCCAUCCAUUAACACCAGCUCGAAAACUACCUAGGCAAUGUUAUGGUUGUGGAGCGUUUUCGCAAAUCGUUGCUCCCGAUCAACCGGGCUACUACGAUCUAACGCGCAAAAACGUUCAACGAUAUCUCAAUCCCCAAUCGAUCGAUCGGUCGCGACAUGAAGAUAAAAUAUACGAAGAUGCGCUUAGGCACUUUGACCCAGAGAUGCUUAAAAGUAAAGGGGUCGACGUGGAAGGACUUGGGUUGAGUUUAGUUCCCUCGGAGACGCAACAACGGCCGCCUCCAAAGGUGCCUUUAUGCGAUAGAUGCCAUAAUCUACACCACUAUAGUAAAGGAGAGUCGAUAUACCACCCUUCGGUAGACUCUAUUUUGGACACAAUUCUCGAGUCACCUUAUAAAUACAAUCAUGUCUACCAUAUCCUCGACGCAGCCGAUUUCCCCAUGUCCUUAUCGCCACGAAUAUCUCAAUUUCUCGACUUGAUGCCUCUACGGACCAAGAAUCGUCGGGCUAAGACUAGCAAGUUCUACGGCGGACAUAAAAUCGAAUUGAACUUUGUGAUAACUCGGAUGGAUCUACUUGCGCCGACUGAGAAGCAAGUCAAUAGCUUAUUUCCCUAUCUACGGGAGGUGUUACGGGAAACUCUGGGGAGAACGGGACGUAACGUGCGGCUUGGGAAUCUGGUCGCUGUUAGUGCAAAACGGGGCUGGCACAUCCCGGAUUUAAAGAAAGAGAUCUACGAAAAAGGCGGCGCUAGUUGGAUGCUCGGUAAGGCGAAUGUUGGCAAGAGUCGCCUGUUCGAAGCAGUCUUUCCGAAAGGCAAAACGAUCAAGAAACCUCCAAAGCACCUAAUCACCAUUGAUAUGCACGCGAAAACUCCAAACGAGGAAGCGGCGCCAACGGAACCAGCAGAAUCCCAUUCAGAGUCAGCACAAGAGGUGGAGGAAGAAGAAAUAGAAGAGGAAGGAGAGCUUGACGAAUAUGCACUCUUGCCACCCGCGCGUAAGGAGGUGAAUUAUCCGGAAAUGCCAUUAGUUUCUGAUUUACCAGGGACAACUGCGUCACCAAUACGAAUCCCAUUUGGUAACGGGCGGGGAGAAUUAAUUGACCUCCCCGGUUUGGAGCGUACCGGUCUUGAGCAAUACGUCAAGCAAGAGCGUCGUAGGGAUUUGAUUAUGCGGUCUCGAAUGGCGCCCGAGCAACUUGUCAUUAAGCCAGGCCGGUCCUUACUUCUUGGCGGGUUUAUUCGUAUAACACCGCGAGAACCCGCGCCAAUCAUAUUAGCAUACUCUUUCACCCCAUUGGAAGCCCAUGUAACAAGCACGUCCAAGGCAAUUUCGAUCCAAGGCGAAGAGAAUGAAAUCAACAUUGAGAACAUUGCAGUGCCUGGAACGGGCGAAAAGACGAAGCUAGCGGGGUCUUUCGAGCUCAAAUGGGAUGUGACCAAACAGCGUUCAGGUCCGUUGAUGCAGAAAUAUGGUGCUGAUUUGAAACUUGACAGAAUGCCAUUUCGCGUUUUGUCCACUGAUAUCUUAAUUGAAGGCGUUGGUUGGGUAGAAAUUACUACCCAAGUACGCACAAAAGAGCUCUAUGGCGGGGCGUGGGCGCCACGGGAGGAGCAGCCCCAGGAGCCCUUAUCGGCACUAGCGAAAUUGGAAGCUUUCGCUGACGCUGGGGAUGGGAAAAAGCAACAUCGUCAUGUCACUUCUCCUUCUACCCCUCAUCAGAAUCAACUUUCCCAAGGCCAAUCUCCUUCUCUGACUUCACCACUGCAACCUCGUCCGGUUCUAGAGGAGAGAGACCCUAGAAUUAACUGGCCCAUCGUGGAUGUGUAUACUCCCGAGGGUAAAUUCAUUUCGACCCGUAGACCUAUGAAUGCUUGGUUACUGAAUAAGCCGACGGUGUCAGCAGCGUCGAAAAAGACAAGGCCGAGGAGAGCUAUGAAGGGUCAGAAGAAGUUAUGGAAGGCGCGUAAGAGGGCGGGAAUGACUGAUGGAUCGCGACACCUCAAUUCAAAUUAGAUACGACCAUCAAAAACAUAAGCUGUACUAAUACUGUGAUUAAAGAAGGUAGAAAAUGUACAGUAUUGUUCAUACAUGGUUGUACGGUCUAUACUUUUUGACAGUUUUUAAGGGUGACGCUAUUUUGCCCAGAUCGGCAACCUUAACCGGGUUCACGGGUAUUUAU